AUAAUUGACACAAUCAUAUAUGGAGCCCUUCUUAAUACAGUGCCCACCAAUCAUGGUACCGAACUGCUGCUUUUUGGUCAUAUAAUUUCCACGGUUAAGGUACAAUGUACAACUUUUUUUUUUGUUAUGGUACACAAAAUAUGCUGUAUUUGGUUAGGCACAUGUAAGCGAGCUAAGAGUUGGACUAAUUUCCAUACAUAUGAGCGAGCUAAGGUUGUCGACAUAUUGAGUUGUCAAAGUGUUCCGAUAGUACCAUUACAACCCUUUAGUGCAUAUGCUUCAUCAAUUAUCCCUACGUGAUCUUGGAAUCAGCCUAGUAUUCACACAUAAAUGAGCAAGGAUUAAUAAUGCUGUCUCUUUUAAUUAGAUGGGAAUGUUAAGUUUCGCAUUAGAUCCGAGUCUGUGGUUUACCAGCAGGCACAUCUUGGUUCCAUCCUUUUUUUAAGUUCAGCAAGUACGCUGGAGCUGACACCCACAAGGCAUGUGCAGCCAACCAUAGUUUCCCUUUGCCAUUACUUUCAUCUAUAAUAUGGUAUCCUAUUAGAGUUCUAUGACAAAGGCUUUCACGAAGCCUUUGCUUUCCAUAUUAAUCCUACUUUCAAAUGCUUUCCACCUAACAGUGGCCUAUAGAGGAAAUUAUUAAGGGUCUAGGUAAAACACCAUAAUCACUUGGCUCAAUUAACAACACAGAUGUUUCCCAUUUCCUUUCCAACCUUCCUCUAAACUUAUGUUUUAAAUGUGGUAAACACAAGACACAAUCAUGAUUAGCAUGACCUACUUGCCAAUUGUGCAUAAAUGAUUAUUCUUGAACUGGUUUCCCUUCAAAGCCUGCUCCCCGUUUAUGCCUGAGAAUGAAAGCGUCCAGGCAACAGAACAAGAAGCAACAGCUUCAGCAGAGAGGAUGCAGGGCUUUGUGUUGCAGUAGCAGGCUUAGCGUAUCUUCGUCAGAGGAAGCAGAGAGCUCAAAUUCCGAGAGGUUUGCGUCAGUUUCAACCCUAGCGCACGCCAUGGUGCAAGAGAGACUGGAUCAAAUGAUUAGAGAAAGGCAGGAGGCAAGACAAUUAGAGAGAAGAAGGCCGCAAAAAUCAGGUCAUGAAGGGACUAAGUUUGUUUUGGUGAUGGCCAUGGAAAAGUGCUCCUACGAUCCCAGAGAGGAUUUUAGGGAGUCCAUGGUUGAGAUGAUCAUAGCAAAUCGGAUUCAAGAACCAAAAGAUCUUCGUAGUCUCUUGAAUUAUUAUAUUUCAAUGAAUUCUGAGGAGUACCAUGGAAUUAUACUUGAGAUUUUCCAUGAGGUUUGCACCCAUUUAUUCUUAUUUUGUAAAUGCAAUUAAACAAUGUGAAAUCGAUUAGUGUCAUGUUUGGAUCUAUGAUAAUGCAUACAACCA